AUGUCGGGAACUCAGCCAGUUGCGCUCUAUGCGGUCAAGGUGCCCCCAGGUGGCAUCCUUGUGCCUGCUGUCCCUGAUGCUGCCGCCAUGUUUCGCGUUACCAUGGCCGCAAUUGAUCCCGAUGCGGUGCCAGAGUACGAGGAUGAGGCCCAUGCGAACAAGGCGCCCCGAGCUACAUUGAGGAUUGUCCGCCCUCCUCCAGGUCUUGACUAUGAAGACUCUGAUGAGGAAGACGACGAGGAUGACGAAGAUGAGGAUUCUGACGACGAGGCCAACGGUGGUCCAAGCGACCCCGCCAGGAAGAAGCGAGCGAUGCUUGAGGCCGCUCUUCGAGACAUGGACGAGGGCAUAGGUGAAGCUGAUGAGGAUGAUGAUGACGAAGAGGAUAUUGAUUUGGCUGCAGCUAUCUCCAAGUUAGUCAAGGGCAAGGGAAAGGCCACUGAUGACGAUGAGAGCGAUAGCGAUGAUGAGGAUUUGGAGUUGGACGAAGUCAUCGUCUGCACACUCGACCCAGAGCGCAACUUCCAACAAACUCUAGACUUCGUUGUUGGCGAGGGUGAGCGCGUCUUUUUCAAAGUUACCGGUACUCACACCGUCUAUCUCACUGGAAACUACGUCACUCCUCUUGAAGACACGUACGGCAGUGAUGAGGAGAGCGACGACGAGGACGAUGAGGAUGAAUAUGACCUCUCACCAGAUGAGGAUGAGCUCGCUGCCCUUGUGGGUGAUGAUGACGAGAGUGACGAGCUAGAUGACCUAGCCGACCCAAGAGUUAUGGAGAUCGACACUGAUGAGGAGCAAUCCAUAACUCAGUCUAAGAAGGAGAAGAAGGAGAAGAAGGACAAGAAGGACAAGAAGAGCAAUAAACGCCCAGCAGAUGACUCUGAAGAUGAGGAGGUAAACUUGGAUGACAUGAUCGCCAAGACGCUGAAGACUGCCGAGCCUGCUACCAAUGGCGAACCCAAGUUGAGCAAGAAACAGCUAAAGAAGCUAAAAAAGAACAAUGGCGAGGCUGCUGAGGCUGCCAAGGCAUCUCCUGCCGGUAGCAAGUCCGAUAAGAAAGUGCAAUUCGCCAAGGAACUUGAGCAAGGCCCUACCCCUACCAAGGCCGCUGAGAAGAAGACCGAUGGUACCACUGGAACCCUUGGAGUAAAGCAGGUGCAAGGAGUUACCGUCGAUGACAAGAAGCUCGGUAAAGGCAAGCCUGUCAAGAACGGUGACCGAAUUGAGAUGAGAUACAUCGGCAGACUCGAGAACGGCAAGGUUUUUGAUUCCAACAAAAACGGAAAGCCUUUCUCCUUCAAGGUCGGAAGUGGGGAGGUGAUCAAGGGCUGGGAGGUUGGUAUUCCCGGCAUGGCAGUCGGUGGUGAACGAAGACUCACCAUUCCAGCCCAGCUUGCCUAUGGCAGAAAAGCUCUCCCAGGAAUCCCAGCCAACUCCAAGCUGAUCUUUGACGUCAAGCUGUUGAACAUCAAAUAA